CCAUCACAUACCAUUCUCAUUAUAAUUAUUCUAUUUUAUAAAAUGAAACACAAUAGAUUAAAAGACAUUAAGAUAGGUAAAAGAAUUGUUGUUGGAACCUAUGCUUUUCCUCUCAAUCCUUCGGAGAAAAAGAGAUAUGGUUCCAUGACUCACAGAUGGGUUUGUAUUUUAAGGUCUUUGGAUGACGAGAAUAUGACACAUUACGUCAAACGAGUCCAGUUUGACUUGGACCCUUCCUUCUUAAAUCCUAAAAGAGUUUUUACAUCAAUUCCGUACGAAGUUACUGAAGUUGGUUGGGGAGAGUUUUAUAUUGGAGUGAAGAUAAGUUUUGUGGAUGAUUCUCUAGACCCUGUGACUCUUCAACACCUUUUGAGGCUAAAUUCCGGUGACGGAACAAACGUCAUUACUACUGCUGUGAAUGAAACCUAUGAUGAACUAAUUUUCAAUGAGCCUCACGAGUGGUUUUAUGACAGGCUUAUUAGGAGCUCAUGUGAUAAGCUCCCUCCCAGUAAAUAUAGAGACUACUUUUGGAAUUUUGAUCAAAAAGAGAAGGAAACUGUCUGCAGAUACAUUUGCAGUCAAUCUUACUUCCAAAAUGAAACUUAUCGGUUACUUGCCGAGGCUUCUGAACUCUGUAAACACAUCCAACAACUACAAGAACAGUAUUAUUUGUUAGAUAACAAAUCUCCUGGAGGUCUUUUAAAGGAUAAGCCUUACAACAAACAUAUGAGUCCUAUGGGUUUACAACCUGGCCCUCCAAUGCCUUGAUUUAUUUUCUACUAUUUAGAAUUUUUUUUAAAUAACUUCAAAUUUCUACAUCGUAUCGCAAAUAACUAUUUAACGCAUAUUUAUAAGUUUUAAUAUAUUAAGUUUCUAAGCUCAUCCAGUGUGAUACAUGCUUUGACAGAAA